AUGGCGAACGAGGAGCAGAAGAAGCUGGACUCUUUCCUUGAAAAAGUGGAUGGCAUCACUGAGCUAAUCCAACAGAUGAACUAUGGCAGCUCAGAGGAACAAGAAGCUGCCAAGAACAAGGCUGAUGAUUUGCUGGCGAUUAAGUCAAAGGAAAAAGAUAGGAAACAAAUAGAGGAGGAGGCCAAGUAUGGAAAAAUAGGUUUUGAUAAGGCAGUUGUCAACAAAAAUGCAUUUGAAAAUGAGCAGGUGGGUCCUCCCCUCACGGACCCCUCAAUGGGGCAGGACGCCAUGAUGCAAGCUAUAGCAAAAGAUGCACAAGAAAGGGGGGCGAGGCGUGCCAAGGCACAUAAAGAUGCCACAUUGAUAAAGGAGAAGGGAAAUGCAGAGUUUAAGGAGGGAAAUUAUGAGAAGGCUGUUGAUCAUUAUACUGAGGCCUUGUCAAUACUAAAGGACUAUUCAGCACUUUGGACGAAUCGAGCCCAAGCUCAUCUGAAACUGGGGAACUACCAGGAAGCACUGCAUGACUGUGAAUGGGCCCUCAGGGUCUCUGACAGAUGUAUCAAGGCGUAUGCUCACCAAGGGAAGGCCUACCUCGGCUUGAAGGAAUAUGACAAGGCAAGAGAGAGUUAUCAGCAGGUCUUAAAAUGUGAUCCGAAGAAAGAAAGUCUUGUCAAUGACUAUCUUGCUGAGGUUGACCUUGCACAGACAUCCGAAGAAGAUGAACGUAGCGCCAAUGAAUUAUUCGAAGGUGGCGACACUGCCGUUAAAGGUCUCGUGGAGGUCAUAGAGAAGCUUAAGAAGCCGGGACAGCUCCCCCUAUACUACAGUGGAGGAAUGAGAAUACUUGCCAAGGCAAUCGUCUCUCACAACGACCGUACUUUGUUUCGCACUAACGGAGGGCUAGACUUGGUAAAAGACCACAAAGUGAUAUCAAGUCUUUUCAGAAUUAAUCCACAGAGCCAGACCAAGGAAGGAAGGGACGUCUGUUGGGCUCUUAUGGAACUUUACACGAACGUCUGCACGGAGAAUGAUGAGAACAUAAGACAGCUGCUCAGGUUCCCAGAUUUCACUAGUUGCAUCCAAGGCUUCCUGGAACUAAAAUACAAGAACAAAUAUCGUUUCCUCAGAGAGGCCACCAUAAAGUUUCUCGUGACUGUCUCACAGUCUGACAUUGGACAGAGUGUGAUUAUCAGCAAAUUUGACAUUCCCCGCUUGCUUGCCAGUGUGUUACCGGUUGCAUCCCUGGGUGGAGUUAUAGCAGCCAAUACAAUGGGACUGCUCAAUAAUCUCGCCAUCCAUAAAAAGUUCAAGGUUCAAAUUAGAAACAAUGUUGAAGAUAAGUUCCUGCCAUCAUUCGAAGCUCUUAUGUGCGACACCAGCUCUGCCCAUCUUGGGUUGCUUCCAACGUGUAUCACCACGAUAACAAACUUGACAAAUGAUUCAGUCAUUCGCCAAAAGAUGGCCAAUAGGACAGAGUCUUGGGAUGCCUGUGUGAAAGUCAUGGAAAGACAUGGACCGAAAUGUGCCGAAAAAAUGAAUCAAGAAAUCGUCUUCACGAUGCUUGGCCUCAUCAUCAACCUCACUCUCGAAACAACUGAGCCCUGCCUAGCGGCUGCACCAAAACUUACUAGAUGCUGCUGCCCCCUUGUGACUAGCGAUGUUAUCAGGAUCCAGGCAAGGGCCUUUGGAGCGUUAAAUAAACUGCUGCAGAAAUCUGAAGAAGCUUCUCGAAUUGCCUGCGAUUGUGGCCUGCACAAGACUGUUUUGUCGAAUGCAAAGAAAGGUGACAUCAAUGAUGAAGACCUAGCAAACUGCAUCAAGAUCCUGACUUCCUGUUCGAAGAUUGGUAACACAGGACAUGAUAUCAUAUAUGAUGGAAAAGGCCUUGGCUUGAUUCUUAGACUCAUGAAGCACAGAGACGAAACUGUUGUCGGGAACGCUGCUCUCUGCUUGACGAACUGUCUUGAUGUCAAAGGAGUGUGUAAACGUCUAACGGAGACAGACAUCAUCAAGGAUCUCCUGGUGUUGGCUAGAGAUGCGAAAAAUCCGACUUGCCAGCAGAACUGUGCCAUACUGCUGGGGAAACUUGCCACGAAAGACACAUUGCAUUUAGAGAAGUUGCGUGAACUUCAUGGGAUUGAGAUUCUACAUGACUGCAUGAAGUACAUCAAAUGAGGAUUCUUGGAUGAAAACCAUGGAACACUGCUGCCGAUUUACAUGUGGCAAACUACUGUAUGCUGUCAUCAAGAUCUGUACUUUGUUUAUUUAUUUUGCAUUAAAUUAUUGAUACAUUAUAA